UGGAAAUCAGCUGUGUCGUCUCGGAUUUAUCUAUUUUGCAUUUAUUUUGAUUGACUGCAAACUCGGCGACAUGGCAAAAUUGGAUGAGCGUAUUGGCUUUAUUGGAGGCGGGAAUAUGGCCUUCUCCAUUGGCUCUGGCCUCAUUCGUGGCGGCAUUGUGAAGCCCAGUCAGGUAAUGGUCUCCGGACCGCACAUUGAGAAUCUCUCCCGCUGGCGUGAAUUGGGAGCAACAACAACCGACGAUAACUGCGAAGUUCUCGAGCACACGGACAUUAUUUUCAUCUGUGUCAAGCCACAUAUUCUAGGACCCUGUGCCGCUCAGCUCAAGGAGAAGCACGUGCCGUCGGCCAAGGAUGCUCACAAAUUGUUUGUUUCUGUGCUGGCAGGAACAACACUAGCGACUCUGGAGGAGAAGUUUGCCUUUAUUGAGAGUGCGGGAUUGAAGAUGAUACGCAGCAUGCCCAACACAUCGAUGCAGGUGGGCGAGGGAUGCACUGUGUACACGGGCAAUUCACGUGUGCUGCAUCAGGAUCUGGAAAAGGUGCAUCUCAUGCUGAAUUCGUUGGGAUUGGCACAACAGGUGCCGGAAUCCAUGAUCGAUGCUGUCACUGGCAUUGCGGGAUGUGGCCCGGCAUUUGUUUAUACCAUCAUUGAGGCUCUGGCCGACGGUGGAGUGAAGCAGGGAGUUCCCCGCCAGAUGGCCUUACAAUUCGCAGCCCAGACAUUGCUGGGAGCUGCCAAGACGGUGCUGCUAACGGGCAAGCAUCCGGCUGUGCUGCGAGAUGAAGUCUGCUCGCCAGGUGGAGCCACUAUUGUUGGCGUACACGAGCUCGAAAAGGGAAAUCUCAGAUCUACUCUUAUCAAUGCUGUGGAAAAGUCGUCACAACGAUCAGCUGAGCUGGGAAAGAAAUAAGAUGAUAAGAUGACCGCAAUAAUAAUAAAUAUGCUCUCUAUAAACUACAAGCAGUUCCAUUUAAUAGUGUUGCAUUAAAACUUAUGUAUUUACUUAUUCGAAAUUAAUAUUAUGAAUAUUUACAUGUUAAUAUGUGUUGCAUUAAAUGUUGCAAUGGUGCAUUCAAUUAAUAUACAAUAUACUAUGUAUUUAGUAAAUAUAUACAGUUGG